GACAGGAUUUAGGACCCAGCGGUUUAUGUCCGACACAGCCAUUCCAGGCAGCUCAAGGCUAGCUACAGUUGGAAUAAAAAUGCCGUCGUCUUUACUCAACGUUGCGCUGGUCUCGUUUAUUCAGUUUUUUAUAGCGUCACAUUUCGCGGAGGUGUCAGCGGAUGGCAAUGGACGAGGAUUUGGGGACCACAUUCAUUGGCGAAGCCUUGAAGAUGGAAAGAAGGAGGCUGAAGCAAGUGGGCUUCCUCUGAUGGUCAUUGUUCACAAGACUUGGUGUGGAGCCUGCAAAGCACUAAAGCCCAAGUUUGCUGAAUCCAAGGACAUAUCUGAACUGGCUCACAACUUUGUCAUGAUAAAUUUGGAGGAUGAAGAGGAGCCCAAGGAUGAGUCCUUCAGUCCAGAUGGCGGUUACAUUCCCAGAAUUCUCUUCCUUGAUCCCACUGGGAAGGUCCACUCUGAGAUCACAAACAAGAAUGGGAACCCCAACUACAAGUACUUCUACAGCAACGCGGAUCAAGUUGUGGCGAGCAUGAAGGAAGCCCAAGAAAAGCUGACUGGAGAUGCCUUCAGAACCGCUCAUGUUGGAGAUGAACUGUAAGAAGAAUGGGAAGAUCAGCCAGAACAAUACAUCACUCCGAUGGGCAUCCAUCCAUCCACCCAAUCCUCAACCAGCUCCUGUCAUUUCAUUUUAUCUGCUAUUGCACAAGACAAGCUUCAAAAAUGAAGUUAUAAUGCAUCUACUGAUUACAUUUGAAGGUAUCGCGGCUUGCAUUAGAUUGGCUUAUUACUUUGAGAACCAAAGCUUACUCUCCAUGCACAUAAUGGGUGCUAAAAUUUUUAUAUAUUUUUUUCGGUCUUAAUUUCAUAUCCAUAUUGAAUAUAUGUGUUGAAAACGGUCACUGUGUUCUUGAGGCACAUUUUGUCCGACUAGGAAACCCUUUUCAAUUCUCAUGUGCUUCCAAGCCAUAUCUUGCAAGCUGUGUAAAACGGAUUGUUACCCAGUGACAUAUUUGAAGAGUUUUAUAAUAUCUGCACCACCUAAAAAUUAUCGUCUUUUCUUGAGGUUCUUAUAAAUUGUUUAAAAUUGCCAAGUUUUUGUCCUUAAUUGGAGUUGCCUUUGGUUUUAAAAUACAGGUUUUGUACUAUUGACAGAACCCACGGAUUACAGGAACACUCAUAUAGGCUUAUUUUACAACUUUUCUAGCGUUAAACCGUUACGUUAUAACUUUUUUUGUUACGCACUUUUAGCUUAGCAUAGAUGAUUGAAUCGGAUUAGACCAUUAGCAUCUUGCUCAAAAAUGACCAAAGAGUUUGGCUACUUGUCUUAUUUAAAGCUCGAUGCUUCUGUAGGUGGACAGUUUUAUGUUAUUGCUAUUUUCUAGACUGAUAUGGCUAGGAACUAUACUCUCAUUCUAGCUUAAUAAUCAAGGAAGUUUGCUGCCAUACCAUUGACUGCAGCAGGAGCAAUAAUAUUAUACAGUGCCCGAAAAAAAGUACACGGAUAGAUGACCAGAGAUUGCUUAAUGGUAAAAUUUAACUGUUUAACUCUAUGGGAUUUGUGAAAUUUGCCUUUUUUCAAAAGAAUAAAGAAAGAAAGAAAAAGUGGAGUGUUCCUUUAAGGCCUGUUAUGUAAAUUGGAAUUUUUUUCUUUUUUUUUUGCAAAUUGAGAGGGAAUUACCUUUGCCAUACUGUAUUUUCUUAACAAUAUGUAAAAUAAGGCUACGAAUAAAGUUGAUAUAAAAUG